AUGCUAUAUGCACCCCUCUGGCCUCCUUUCCUUUCUCUAAUCAUAGACGCCUUGAACUUAUUUUCAUGUAUAGUUAAUCUGUCGUCGUACAUACAACAACAAAAACUUUCACGUCCAAACGAAACCUCGAAUGAUCUCGAGUCUAAUAUCCCGCUCGAUACGCCAGAAGAUCCUUCAACAUGUGAAACCUACACUGCGCAUUUACAACCCCAGCAUGAUCUGGAUGUCCUGGGUGUCGGAGCUGCUGGCCAGGUCUACAAUGUGAACGACCAAAUUGUUCUCAAGACUUGUCGAAUUUUCGCACCGCCGAGUAGUGAUGCCUCUCGAAGCGACCAUUGGCAUUAUGUCUCGGACACAUUAUUUCAUUUCAAUUUGUUGAAAAACGAACAAGCUGUUCUGCAGCUGCUGAAAGAUAGACCACAUCCCCAUACUAUAGAAGCCACCGAUACCGAUCAACCAGAGGGUUUAUAUCUCCGCAGAUAUCAACAACUACCUGUGGAUAUGACAUCAACACAGGCUUGCCUGAUCAGAUUAUACCGCGAUAUCGCGGAUGCUCUGCGUAAUCUCUAUAGCCUUGGGGCUGUGCACGCGGAUGUAAGGGUUGAUAACAUGCUUUUUGACGAUCAGUUUUCGGCCAUUCUUUGUGAUUCGAUUCUUUGUGAUUUCAGCGCUGCUAGCCCUUGCGGCCAACCCAACCCUGUCUUUCCAUAUCUCCCAUUUCCGGUCAAUAGCCCCUCACCGACUUUGUCCAAGGCAUCUGAUAUGUUUGCACUAGCGUCGCUCAUGUUUCACAUGGAGCAUGGAUUCACCCCUCAACUGUCACUUGAGAAUAGGUGA